AAGGGCGUGUGUUUUUCAAUGGGGGCGGAAAAAAAUCAAAAUAAAAUGGAGAGGGGAAACAGGGGAGUGUAAAAUACACACUGUGAGCUACUGGAGAGAUGGAGAAGGCGCUUAUUUACGGGUUCUAUGCGGCGGCUCUCGCGCUGCUGCUGACGGGGCUACGCGAGCUGCUGUUCGGCUUCGAGGAGAACCGGUGCAGCAUGACCUACAUGUUCGAGUAUCCCGAGUACCGGCGUGUCCAGCUCCCACGGCGUGUGGCACGUCAGUACCCUGCCUAUGGACUAUUCCUGUAUGGUGAAGGUUUGUAUGCUCAAGAAACUCGAAAUCUCAAGCUCACUGGUGCUCCUGUGCUCUUCUUACCUGGAAAUGCUGGCAGCUACAAGCAAGCUCGAUCUUUGGGCUCCGUGGCAUUGAGGAAAGCAGAAGGCUUGGAUGGAGAAUCCCACCUGAAUGUCUUCACCAUUGAUUUUAACGAGGAGCUGGUGGCCCUGUAUGGUGGAAGUCUGAGCCGACAAACUCACUUCCUUCAUGAGAGCAUCAAGGUCAUCCUGCACCUGUACAAGAACCACCCUGAUCCUCCGAGCAGUGUGGUGUUAGUGGGUCACUCUAUGGGCGGUGUGAUCGCUCGUGCCCUGUUCUCCCUUCCUCGUUUUAAUCCUCAUCUGGUCAGCCUCAUCCUAACCCAGGCCUCACCUCACCAGUCUCCUGUUCUCUCCUUGGAUCCCUUCAUACUUGAUUUCUACUUGUCGGUCAGGCGGCGAUGGAGCGCCAGAGCAGAGGAUUUGCGUAACGUGACCGUGUUGUCUGUGGGAGGUGGAUACCGUGACUAUCAGGUUCGCUCAGGCCUCACCACUCUGACCUGCCCUGCGGAUGACCCCAACAAGAUGGCCGUCGUGGUGACUGCUGUUCCUAGGACCUGGGUCUCUACUGAUCACCUGUCCAUUGUGUGGUGUAAGGAGUUGGUGCUAGCCACAGUGCGGGCAUUCUUUGACCUUAUUGAUCCUGAGACGGGGCAGUUUACAAAGGAUACAGAGAAAAGGAAGUCUGUACUGAAUCAUCACUUCAUCCGCCACCCCGUGCAGCUACCUGCUGAGCAAAUCGACACACCAGUCAGCUUUUCAGGCUCCCUGGAGGCCUGGAGUGAAGUGAACACACUCCGUCUGUUCUACAGUGCUCCCAAGGAAGUCCAAGUUCAGUACUUCCUGUUUGCGCUUAGCAGCAGGAGGAAAGCUUACACACACUUCUACUGCCGCAACAGCAACCUGGAAAUGUCCAGCUGGCUCUUUGGCUGCACUCAGAUGAAUGGCUCUGUGUGUGAGCAAGCAGUAGAUUUGUCUCCCCGAACAGAACUUCUUCCAGCUUUUAAGGUCCUAAUUGUUAAGUUAAGUGAACUGAUUGGCAUCUCUCAUCUGGUCAUCGAUGCCUCAAACCUUAAUACACGACAGUUUAUAGUGGAGUGUGAGUGGCAGAGAGAAGAAAGCCUGACCAUGCCAUUUCCUGUCCCUCAUGUUCUCUCUUUUGGUUUGACAGUAAGUGAUGUCACGAUCAGCUCAUCCAGUCUACUGCACACACUCCAACUGCACCACUUUCACCAGGUUUAUCAGGCAUUUAAAAUCACAGUAAGCAGCCAGUGCAAGGUUACCAAAGAAAGACUGCCCAAUAUCUACCGAUUGAAGGUGCCAUGGUUUCAAGAAGAUUCCUUCGUCACUGCAGGCAUUCCCUCAGUGACCGAGAUUAGCGGUAUGCUGCACACUAGUCGCAAAGACAACUCCUCAAGUGCCCUCUUACAGCUCCACGCUGCCCCCAACUGCCAGUACAAGAUUUCAGUGCGUGCCUCCUUCCCUAAAGUGCUCGGACAGAUCCUUCGUUUCUGUGGCCCAGCAAUGCCUGUGUAUGUGGCUGUGAUGUUGCUGCUCGCUUUAAAGAGGCAGCUGACUUCUGUCCUGCGAACGGGUCGAGCCAUGAACACGAGAGACACCAUAGCUAAAAGUUUACAGCUACAUAAACUUGAGCCUCCUGUUCUGCUACUGCACCUGUUCCUCAGACAGGGCUGGUUUCAGGAAGGCUGGUCUGCUCUGGCUCUCCCUGCAGUAGACCUCUUGCCUCUUGCCCCGUUGGAAGACUUGUCCCAAGAUGCAGUGGGGCCGGGGCAGGACUGGCCCCGCCUCGUUUCACCUCUGAUGUGCAUUUUGGGUGCUGCAGUGGCCUUCUGGGGAAGUGCUGUUCUCAGCAUGUCUUUACAUGCCCUGUCUUUCCUCUUAGCUCCACUGCAUAGGCCUUCAGUCUCUCGCCACUGUGGCACCCUUCAUGUUCCCGCUCAGAUCCUCCUCAUCCUCGGUCUGACUGCACUGGGUGGAGUCACCUGUGGAGCCCUGUCAGUCACUGUCAGCUUUCUGCUUCACCUCUACAGGGUUCUUAGAUUACAGAUGACCGAGAGGACCUUAAGUCACAUGCUGAACCUGGCACCACAAAGCAUGCAGCAGAACACAGAGAAUGGCUGCAGCACUAGUGAAAGCCAAAGGAGCCAUAGCGCAUGUAAUGGCACCCCACUUCUAUCUGAGUCAGCACUACAGGAGGUCAGAGAUGACCUGCAGCUUCACCUGAACGUGUCUGCACUGCUCGCUCUACCUGUGAUGCUAAGCGCACCUUCUCUCAUCUACUGGAGUCGAAACUUACGGUAUUCGGCUCAUCUGAAUCCAGACCCAUUCUGGCCACACACAUUGCCUCUGCUCAUCGCCUCUGUGGUACUCGUCAACUGCAAUACGCUUACUCUGAGCCGCAGUAAGCUGAUGUUGCGGCCGACCUUGCGCCUGCUGCUUCCACUCAGCGUUGCCAUGUUGACCUUUUCUACUCUUCAUCUGUAUCGGGUCACUCACUUCCUGUCCGUUGCUCUGACACUGCUGGCGGCUUCCUGUUACCUUUGACCCCGUCUCAGCCCUCCGGACCAGACCAAAACAGCCUUAGCAUGUCCUUGCAUCGGCAGACCUCUGACAUUGGAUUGAAAUCAUGCCAGUGGUCAUGCUGCUGAACAGGGUAACCGAAUCCCAUACAGAGUCACAAUAUCUCUAUUUAAUAAUGUUUUCUUUUUGAUAUACAUGGAAUCAAAAUGGUUGACCAGCCAGCACUAGGCUCAACCUCAGCCUGCUUGCUCUGUCUUUGUGUCUCUUUUUGUCUCGGAUUAUGUGCCUGUGUGUCCAGCCUUAAAUCAUCUGAGUAUCUGGUAUUUGUUUUCGGGAGCUAGCUUGGCUGUCUUAUCAAGCACAUCAUGAAGCAUAUUCAUCCACAUGGUGGCAGUGUGUUCAUUCUUACCUUACAGUCCAGACGAGAUCUGAACCGUUCGUUAGAUCAACAAAUUUCUGCAGCGUCAUGAAUGGCAUUACAACACGCCCACAAAACAUUUUCACUCUUUCUCCAAAUUUACUUCAAAUGUUAGUUAUAUUAGUGUAGCCAGGACACAAUAUCUGUAACAGUUAAAAUCUUUUUCAGCACCAUCUGCAUCUAGUUCCUUGCCCUUCCCUGCCGUCGUGGCAUCUCACAAGGAACAAACCUUCACCAUGUAGCUGAACAUUGAGAUGUUGUGAUGUUAAGGCGGCCAUCUUGGAAAAGUGCAAUCAAAGAAAUCAUCUCAAGAAAGUUUGCUAGCAUUUGGCCAAUCAGUGCCACCAAAGUGAUCAAUUUACAGAUCUUAAUUACUUAACGUAACGAUGUAUACUGAUUUGUGUACAUACUAUAUAUAUAUUUUGUUUGGAGCCUUGUAUCUCUGGUACAAAACUAAAGAAGCAAACAUCAGGAAACUUGCCUAAUUGAUUUGGAGAACAGUGUUUAAUUCUUAAACAAAGUGUUUUAUAGCCCAUGCCACUUUUAAUGCUAGUCUCCCUCAAGGUCAUUUUGCUGUUUCCACUGCUAUAUAGAAAGAUUUUUUCUUUGUUUUAGAAUACUAUGACCUAGAGUACAGUAUUUAUUUAUAAAAUUAUAAAAUAGGUCCUUUUAGUAUUUAAAGCAGGGCCUUUUUUCAUUCUCUGUGCCUGUGUUGCAUUUAACAGAUGAAUUCAAAGCCAUGCUCAUGCUUUAGAGUGUGUACAAGGUGACGUGAUUGGAGUAGACGUGUCCAUAGGGCUCUCGUUUUUGUUUUUUCUCACAUUACUUUUUAGACAGCAUGGACUUCCACUGCAGGAUCUCUGUUGUCACUCUGUGUUAAGGAUCAGCACAUGCCAAAUCAUCCCAGUCACUCCUCCAAUCAGAUUGAGAUCCAGUGCCUUUCCUCAUGCCCUGUUUACCAGUAAGGACAGAUCAGUGAUUGUCAGUCAGACCAGCAUUCAUGAUUUGCUUCAGCUCUGUUACGCAGGACCAAGUUCACAAACACACUCCUGAGGAACGACAUGCUGGUGUGUCGCCUGCACUGUGAAUGUAUUUACCGAGUUUGCGAGAGUGCAUGUGAGAGAGAUUGAGAAUGUACACAUAAGUGUGUGUGUGUGUGUGUGUGUGUGUGUACACGAGUGUGUGUGUGUGUGUGUGUGUGUGUGUGUGUGUGUGUGUGUGUAUAUGAGUGUACACAUGAGUGAGCGUGUGUGAGUGUACCCAUGAGUGAGUGUGUGUGAGUGUACCCAUGAGUGAGUGUGUGUGAGUGUACCCAUGAGUGAGUGUGUGUGAGUGUACACAUGAGUGAGUGUGUGUGAGUGUACACAUGAGUGAGUGUGUGUGAGUGUACACGUGUGUGUGUGUGUGUGUGUACACAUGAGUGUGUGUGUGUGUGUGUGUGUACACAUGAGCGUGAGUGUACACAUGAGCGUGAGUGUACACAUGAGCGCGUGUGUGUGAGUGUACACAUGAACGUGAGUGUACACAUGAGCUCGUGUGUGUGUGAGUGUACACAUGAGUGUGUGUGAGUGUACACAUGAGUGUGUGUGAGUGUACACAUGAGUGUGUGUGUGUGUGUGUGUGUGUGUGUGAGUGUACACAUGAGCGUGAGUGUACACAUGAGCGUGAGCGUACACAUGAGCGUGAGCGUACACAUGAGCGUGAGCGUACACAUGAGCGUGAGUGUACACAUGAGCGCGCGUGUGUGUGAGUGUACACAUGAGCGCGCGUGUGUGUGAGUGUACACAUGAGCGCGCGUGUGUGUGAGUGUACACAUGAGCGCGCGUGUGUGUGAGUGUACACAUGAGCGCGCGUGUGUGUGAGUGUACACAUGAGCGCGCGUGUGUGUGAGUGUACACAUGAGCGCGCGUGUGUGUGAGUGUACACAUGAGCGCGCGUGUGUGUGAGUGUACACAUGAGCGCGCGUGUGUGUGAGUGUACACAUGAGCGCGCGUGUGUGUGAGUGUACACAUGAGCGCGCGUGUGUGUGAGUGUACACAUGAGCGCGCGUGUGUGUGAGUGUACACAUGAGCGCGCGUGUGUGUGUGUGUACACAUGAGCGCGCGUGUGUGUGUGUGUACACAUGAGCGCGCGUGUGUGUGUGAGUGUACACAUGAGCGCGUGUGUAAGUGUGAAUGUAUACACAGGUACAUGACCAUGUGUGACAGUGUGUGACCGUUUGUAGUCCUGGAUGUUAAUCAGUUUGCUGUUUGCUUACUUCUUUUAUGUGGUGAACUCUUAAAAUUUAAGCAGGUUUCAUUUUUUAGUGAUUUUUUUUUCCCUAGGGGUUUUGUAUACAUGUGGAUGUUUGAUCUUUUUAAAUUGGUGUACACUGUGACUUGCUGUGAUUGUGAUGUAUUUCUACACCAUCAGGUCUGACUACGGCAAAAAGUCAACAUGUUACUUGGUGGAGAAUAAAACGUACACAAUUUCCACCCUUAACCAAAACUGUAGUUGAUCAGCGGAGAGGCGUUUGGUGUCCAGACUUUGAUUAUUUAGAGUUACAGUGUCAUUGUUACUUCGGAGAUGUCUGCCUCAAACCACAUCAAAAUCACAUAAACUUGCUGAAGUACGUAGUGCAACUUUUACAAACUAGUUAAGCCCCGCCUCUCAAACCUUGAAUGCUGAAUGUGGUAGCAAAAUGUGAGGAGGAUAAGGUCUCGUGUGUAUUUUAUGAAAACUGUUUAAUAAAAUUGAGAUUAUGUAGGUUAACAUUGCUAUUAGGAAUGUGUGUAAGAUGCAGAAAAGAUUUUUAUGCUAUAAAGAUCAGACACCAAACAUGUCUCAGCUGCUCGGUGAAAUUGCACAGAUUCAACGAAUUCCUUUAACAGUUUGUUGCCAUGCGCUCUAUUGUAGAAAUCUAGAGGAAAUGCGUUGUUCUACUGCAACUGGACCACGAAUUCAGAACAGUUAACAAAUGAAGCAUGUUGCAAGGGGUGACCAAUUUCAGUCAGCUCCUAGUUCAGUAGUCGGGGUAGUGAUCAGGGAGUGGGACAUUUUAAGGGCAUAGCAAAAUCCUUUCAGUGCACAAAAUUGUUCAGUCUUCAAAAAUCCCAGAGGAUUUGACUGGUGUGAAAAUUAAAACGUCACCAGAUAUCAAAUAGUUAGUUUCCGAUAUGUAGUGACUCUGGAUCCUUACUUGUGCUCCAACUCACCAAAACCAUAUACUGACUCACCACCUAGGGAGGUAGAGAGCUAAUUGACACACAGCCCAAUAGAUCUCUCUUCAAAUGUCCUCGAUGAGGCUCGUGUUGGAACAAAGACACAACCAACACCACAUUUCCUUGAUUGAACCUUCUCUUUUUAACACCAAUGUAGCUUUAACCCUAGCAUUAUAAACAGCUGAAGCUGAAGGUUUAAAAUCCAGAAUUAAAGCUAGAAGCUUUCUGAUCUGAAACAGAGUCAAAUCAAUUAGUCUGUAUACUGUAGAGGAUAGUUUUAUUUAUUAUUGAAUCAACUCAAAGCUCACUGCCUCAUGAACCAAAAUUCUGUUAUGGCAUACCAAAAUUACCAUGCAGACGACUUGGUACAACUUUAUUAAGACGAAUGUCCGUGCUGAAAAUAAAGAUUGGCCGGUAGUUAUGGUGUACAUAAUUAAAAUUAUCUGAUGUAUUACUGGGGUUGUUUUUUUUCCUUUUCAUUAUUAAGAUUCUUAAACUGAGGUCAAAUAGGUGUUUAGUAGGACAGUAGGAUUGUAUUAUUCUGAUGAAUAAAUUAGACACAACACAUGCAGAGUGAAAGUUUGACUUUCUUUUUUUGAAGUGCUAACAGACAUCGAAGGCCUUUUCCCUGUGCCGCUGUGUACGUGUGUCUGUAUAUGUAUAUGCAUGUAUGCGCACACACAUACUAUUUUACACAACAGACAGACAGCUAACACUUUAUUGUUUUUGUUCCACGAAUGAAACCUUCUUUAAGCUACAGUACUUGUGGUUCCACUUGUCUUACUGCAGUGACUAAACUUUUAGUUAUCUCUUAUUAGCCAAGAAAACUUACUGAAACUUUUAUGUUGGUGUGAUUUUGUAAAUGCUACCAAUGAGAAAAUAAUAAUUUAAUUGAAUUAUUAUUCUUAUCUUUUUCAUAAAGGUCUUUUUGUUGCUAUUUAGUACAGCACAGUUUAAGGAAACAUUGUUUACCUUUUGUUUAAAUAGCAGUCUGUUGAAUCUGAUUGUGUACAGAGUGUACGAUCAAACAAAGCAAACGUUCAAACCACAGAGAUUUUAUAUGGUUCUGUAAUUAAUCAAGUGCUAGACUGCUGAUUGUUGCCAAGGUCAAGUGACCCAGCGAACUUUGUUCAUUCUCAGGAUUUAUAACGUUGUGUUGUGUUGCUGCGUGGUGGCUUUUAAUGUGUGUGAUCUUUUUUUGUUGUGUUUUUUUUUUAAUAUGUGUAUAUUUAAUCUGCACAUAUUAACUAAUGUUUACAUGAAAUUUGUGAGUACUUUAAAAAAAAAUAAAAUGGUGAUAUAAAUUUUUCUAUUA